AUGAAAGCUAUGUUAUUGUCAGUGGGUAAAGCUCCGGUUUCCCAAUAUUCAUAUGGUUCUUCUAGUUCGAAUCACGAAAGCACUCAAUUCCCACACAGAGAACCGAGGGGGAAUGGAUUGGGCUGGGGUACAGUACAGAGGUGGGUGCUUGGGGAAGUGCGGGAGAUGGUUGCCGUGCGGUGGAGGAAGAGGGAGAAGGGUGGGCCCAGCCGUUGGAUUGGAGGAGAGCAAGCAAUCGGAGCGCCUAAACGACGACACCCGUCUUAUAGUUGUUGGUGGAGCGCAGGGCUGACGUCAGCGCAUGCUGACGUCAUCUCCCCCCUCGAGCUUGAACUCGGGCGAUAUUUGCCUUCGGGCCAGCCCGUCUUUGUGGGUCCCACCUCCAACCCGAGCAAAAGUGGCCCGCUGGAACUGGCUUUUUUGGCUUGGACUCCCCCCAGCCUCGGGCUUGGGCUCCUCGCUGGAGUUGCUCUAAGGUGUGAUUAUGAUAUCAGAAGGAUGAGAAAUUAUUGA